GUGAAGGUCGGAGGUGAGAGUGAGUUUGUUGCUUGCACUGUGCAGUCCACAGACCGCGGUGUUUGUGUUGACUUUUCUGUCAAGCGUAGAGGAGAAGGAGCGCCGGUCUAAAAGAUAAUAAGGUGUUUGGGUAUCAGUACGGUACUUUGAGUUUUGCUCAGUGAACGCAGUGUUUCUGUGUGGUAAUUGGUUGCAUAAUGUUGAGCAGGAAUGUAGCGAGGCGUGUGCUGGGGUCGAGGGUAUUUCUCUCUCAGAAGUGUGGAUUGGCCUCGCAAACUGCGGCGAGUCCUACGCAACGAGAAAAAGAGGUGAUCAGGAGUCGAGAACUGGAAGAAAAUGAGCUUCGCCCCCUGUACAUGGAUUUCCAGGCCACCACUCCAAUGGACCCCCGAGUACUGGACGCUAUGUUACCCUAUCAGGUGAACUACUACGGUAAUCCUCACUCCAGAACACAUGCCUAUGGAUGGGAAAGUGAAAGUGCUGUGGAGCUGGCAAGAAAACAAGUGGCAGAUCUUAUUGGAGCAGAUCCCAGGGAGAUCAUUUUCACCAGCGGAGCUACUGAGUCCAACAACCUCUCCAUCAAAGGAGUGGGAAGGUUUUACAAAACCAAAAAGAAGCACGUGAUCACCACGCAGACGGAGCACAAGUGUGUGCUGGACUCGUGCCGGGCGCUGGAGGCUGAGGGGUUCCACAUCACUUACCUGCCAGUCAAGAGCAACGGCCUGGUAGAUCUGCAGCAACUGGAGGAGUCCUUUCGACCAGACACAAGCCUGGUGUCCAUUAUGACUGUUAACAAUGAGAUUGGAGUGAUACAGCCCAUUAAAGAAAUAGGUCAUCUAUGCCAGUCCCGUAAGAUUUUCUUCCACACGGAUGCGGCACAGGCAGUUGGAAAAAUCCCCUUGGAUGUGAACGACAUGAAGAUUGAUCUGAUGUCUAUUAGUGGCCACAAAAUAUAUGGUCCAAAAGGAGUCGGUGCGAUAUAUGUGCGACGGCGCCCCCGAGUGCGUCUGGAGCCCCUGCAGAGCGGAGGGGGGCAGGAGAGGGGGCUGCGCUCAGGCACUGUACCCACGCCUUUAGCAGUCGGCCUCGGAGCGGCCUGUGAAAUAGCACAGCAGGAGAUGAAGUACGAUGAGCACCGAGUGUCUAUGCUGUCUAAACGGCUCAUUGAUAAAAUCAUGGCGGAGCUCCCAGAUGUUAUAAUGAACGGAGAUCCUGAAAAGAGAUAUUCAGGUUGCAUUAAUCUGUCGUUUGCUUACGUGGAGGGGGAAAGUCUGCUGAUGGCACUGAAGGAUGUUGCCCUGUCGUCGGGCAGUGCCUGCACAUCAGCUUCGUUAGAGCCUUCUUAUGUGCUCCGAGCAAUAGGAACAGACGAAGAUCUGGCCCACUCAUCCAUAAGGUUUGGCAUUGGCCGCUUCACUACAGAGGAGGAGGUGGAUUAUACGGCAGAGAAAUGCAUAGUGCAGGUCAGGCGGCUAAGAGAAAUGAGUCCUUUGUGGGAAAUGGUGCAAGAGGGAAUUGACUUGAAGAGCAUUAAAUGGACCCAGCACUGAGGAUGCAAGAAGCAGGAUUCAGUGGUGCUGGGAAACGCUGCGCUUUGGACCAGAGACUGCCUCCCAACUCACGACAGGCUGCUGACCCAUUAACCUGUAAAAUCUCAAUAGAACCUUUUGUUCACGUUGCCAUUCGCUGCCCUUGCAGCUGCAGCCAAUCGCCCCCUCCAAUCUGGUGUGAGGCACUGGGAAUAGGUGACUAUCAGUCCAUUAGAUCUGUUUACUCAGUAUGUGGGGGUGGGGGUGUUGAAAUACAGGAACAUACUGAGAGCUGUGCAUAGCAGACCUCUGAGAUGCACUGUACAGAUCCACCUGGAAGGCUUUUGCAGUGCAUCUUUUAUUAUAUAAUAGCAAUGUCUUUUCAUUGCUGAGGAGAAUAACAUGUGUGUGGGUGGAAGUUUUGUUGCAUCCAGUAAAGGUGAUGUACAAAUGGAAUGCUUCAGUCACACACAACCGGACGUGGCAGCAAGGAUUGCAAUAAAAAAUAUAUAUAUACUUUUUUUUAUUGCAACCCUGGCUGCCACAUCCUGUUGUAUGUGAUUUGAAGCACCCCAUUUCUAUACAUACAUAUCUCAUUUUAUUUCUUUUUUUAAAUAAGUGAAUGUAGACUUGGUUUUGGACUGAUGAGGCACUUCAUGAAAACUUCAAUUUAUAUUCAUGACCUGUGAAAUGCAACCUUUAAUUGUUAGAGCUUUUGUGUGCCUUUCCAUAGUCAGUUAAAGGGGUCACUGUUAUGUAUCUUAUAAAACUUAUAGUGAGCUAAAUUUUCUGUGAGCUAAAUAGGUGUUUUUCUUACCAUGUUUGAGUCUGUUGUUGUUUUGUUCAAAUAUAUAUUGCAAACGAACUGCUCUGUCGAUGUAUUUAUUUAUCUGUGCUUCAGGCAAUCUAUGCAACAUGGGAAGUCAAUGUAUUCUUCUCUGUCCCAAAGGGUUUGUUCAACAGCUGUAUAUGAAACCAGCCCCACAAAUAGAGGGGGUAUCAGUAAACAAUGUGCUUACUUGGGCUGGGAGGUGCGUCUGCAUGUUGGAUUUGGUCUUAUCGAUAAUGCAACUUGUGUAAUGCGAUCGUUAUCUUUUCAGUACCGUGUUUUGAGAAGCAAGUAAUGCAAUGCGGCUAAGAAAACAUCUGUGUGUGUGUCCUUGGAGAGAGUGAAUAAACCUGUUAACCCCC